UCUCAAGUCCUCCUUCCUCACUUCACCUGAGUCCUCUUUACUGACACCAUGGGUUGCUGUGGUUGUGGAAGUUGUGGUGGCUGCGGUGGUGGCUGUGGUGGCUGUGGUGGUGGCUGCGGUGGUGGCUGCGGUGGUGGCUGUGGCAGCUACACCACCUGCAGGUGCUACCGGGUGGGCUGCUGCUCCAGCUGCUGCCCCUGCUGCCGCGGCUGCUGUGGGGGCUGCUGCAGCACACCCGUGAUCUGUUGCUGCCGCCGCACCUGCAACUCAUGUCGCUAUGGCUGUGGGAAGGGCUGUUGCCAGCAGAAGUGCUGCUGCCAGAAGCAAUGCUGCUGCUAGGCGGGUCCCCGGCCUCUGGGAAGAUGCUGCAGGUAACGAACUGUCCUGUUGGUAAAUUUUCUCUCCCUCCUGCCAGUCUUCUCUGAUUUGAAAGUCACAAGAAGUUUUAUCCACAUUCCCUGGUCUCUGAGAUCCUGCCUGCACGUGAAAACCACCAACACAAACCUUCUCUAUCAAUCACCAAAGUAUGAGCCCAAAAAAACAGAGGGAUAUUUUUAAUGCUAUGUUUUCUUGAAAUUUUACUGUUGAAAUGUUUGUUUCUAUUCCUUUUCCCUCCUUUCUGUAGUUUCUGUAUCCUGCAUGUCUGCUCCUGCUUUCUGUUUCUGUAAACCUGAGACCAUAUUUUCCCAAUUAACCACAUAAAAUUGGCAUUAAAGA